AUGCUGGCGAAGCAGCUGGAGGCGCAGAAGAAACACACAACUGGGGGGGGGGGGGGGGGGGGGGGGGGGGGGGGGGGGGGGGGGGGGGGGGGGGGGGGGGGGGGGGAGGGGGGGGGGGGGGGGGGGGGGGGGUGGGGGGGGGGGGGGGGGGGGGGGGGUGACUGGGGGGGGGGGGGGGGGCUGGUGUCUCUCAAGAUUGGAAUGUUUUUUGACGACCCGGGCGUCACAUCAGCUGUAAAUAAACGUCUGUCGCUCCGGACCGUGAUCCCCCUCGGCUCGUUCCCGUGCGCCCGCAGCGACGGGGAAAAUCCACGGCGGUAUCAACGCCUGCAUCCGCUCGCCCCUGUCAAGGCUCGACAGCAUCAUUCGUCCUGGUCAUAA